GUCCCGCCGGGCGAGAACACCCGUUUUCCCUUCAGCCGGAAAGGCCUCAGAGGCACCCCCCCCGCGAAAAUGGAGCGGCCUGCGGAGGGCGGGGUCUCUCGCGGAUUUCAGUUAACGGUUGCGGCAGAAAGCGGCUCUCUCGCGCCCCGCCCCGCGCGCGCUCCUUUUGUGUUCUGAGCGGGGCUGGCUUCCCUCGGAGGAGAGCAGAGACUCGGCGCCUCUAAUAACUGUAACAGGCAGGCACGCAACAGAUUUUAUUAUGGAGAACUUUAUUUUGUAUGAAGAGAUUGGAAGAGGAAGCAAAACGGUUGUAUAUAAAGGCAGAAGAAAAGGAACUAUUAAUUUUGUGGCUAUUUUGUGCACUGAGAAAUGCAAGAGAGCUGAAAUAACAAACUGGGUGCGCCUUACUCAUGAAAUUAGGCACAAGAACAUAGUAACAUUUCAUGAAUGGUAUGAAACAAGCAAUCACCUCUGGCUUGUGGUGGAAUUGUGCACAGGUGGAUCACUGGAAAUGGUAAUUACUCAAGAUGAAUGUCUACCUGAGGUGGUUGUGAGAGAAUUUGGUGUUGAUUUGGUUACUGGACUCCAUCAUAUUCACAACCUUGGAAUUCUCUUCUGUGACCUUACACCUGGGAAGAUUCUCCUUGAAGGACCUGGUACACUGAAGUUCAGUAACUUUUGCUUGGCUAAAGCAGAGGGUGAAAACUUGGAGGAAUUUUUUGCUUUAAUUGGAACAGAAGACGGAGGAGGUGAUAGUGAUGAAAACUCAAGACAAAAUCUGAAGAACAGAUUCAGAGGUACACUGUCAUAUAUUGCUCCAGAAGUGAUAGAAGGAAGCGACUUCUCUAUAGCCAGUGAUCUAUGGGCAUUGGGCUGUUUGUUAUAUGAAAUGUUUUCAGGAAGACCUCCGUUCCUCUCCAAAAGUGUUACUGAAUUAGCAGAACAGAUUUUACAUGAAGAUCCUUUCCCACCUACACAGAAAGGAUCAGCAUCUCUAGAACCAUCUUCAGACUUCCUUAACUUGGUUGAUUCUUUACUUCAAAAGGAUCCUCAGAAGAGAUUGACUUGGGCCAAGCUGUUGCAGCAUCCUUUCUGGAAAGAUGCUUUUAUCCAAAUUCCCAGUGACACAAUCUCCAGCCAAGAAACAAGCUCCAGCAGGAAAAAAGCUGAACUGCUUGAACCUGGAGAGUCUGAGAUUCAAUUAGAGAGUAAAAGCCUUCCAGAAAUAAUGUUGCCAAGAACAGAAAACAAUCAACUUAACAGAUCUUUCAAGCUGGAAAAUCCCGAAGAACUACGCCCUAAAAGUGCUGUUGAUGGUGAAUCAAAUGAAUCUAUAUUUCUACUCAGUUCUCGUCCCACCCCUAGAACUACCACCACAGUGGAAAUAAACAAUGCUGCUGCUGUUCUAGCUACAAAUUCUGCACACACAGCACCUCCAAGUCCUUCAGCAAAGGAUAAAAACAUAUGCUGCAGCCAGCAGGAUAUAGAGUCCAAAGUGAAAGAGCUUAUCUUCUUGGAGUCUGACCUUAUUGUCACCCCUGUAAUUGAUAAUCCAAAGAUAGUGAAGCAACCACCAGUGAGAUUUGACGUGAAAACUUUACACGUACCAGCACAUUCAGCUGAGAAAUUGUUGAUGCUAAAAGAAGACGACUGGAACGACUUCUUACACCAAGUAUGUCAGCUGACUGACUCCCCAGAGAAGAGCACAGGGGCAGCCAGAGUUAAACUGAAUUUACUUUGCUACCUCUGCACUGUUGUUGGCAAUAAAGAAGUAGCCACUAAGUUAAUCAGCACACAGCUGUUCCCUGUGCUACUACAACAGUUGCGGAUAGCUCCAAACUGGGACAUACGUGCCAAAGCAGCUCGAGUGAUUGGUUUACUGGCAUUGCAUACAACUGAGCUUAAAGAGACUGUUCCCGUUAUAGAGGCAGUCACACUCUUAACAGAACUGAUCAGAGAAAAUUUCAGGAACAGCAAACUGAAACAGUGCCUUUUACCUACCCUUGGAGAACUGCUUUAUCUUGUGGCCAACCAGGAAGGGGAAAAGGAGCACCCCAGAGAAUGCUGGGCCCUUCCUUCAGCUGCUUACACUGUGCUAAUGAGGUGCCUUCGGGAAGGGGAAGAACGAGUUGUAAACCAUAUGGCAGCAAAGAUUGUUGAAAAUGUAUGCUCCACCUUCUCUUCCUAUGCUCAGGGAUUUAUUACUGGAGAAAUUGGACCAAUAUUGUGGUAUCUUUUUACACAUUCAACCAUAGAUUCUUUGAGAAUAACUGCUGUUUCGGCGUUGUGCAAAAUUACUCGUCACUCACCUAGUGUUUUCCAGAGUGUGAUUGAAAAGGUGGGAUUACCAGCAGUGAUACAUUCACUUGCAACUGGAAUAUGCAAAGUUCAACAGCACAUGAUGACUAUGUUCUCCGCUAUGUUGUCAUGUGGAAUCCAUUUGCAAAGGCUGGUUCAGGAAAAGGAGCUUGUGACUACAGUUAUUCGAAUGUUUGAAAGUCCUUCUGCCUCCAUUCGAGCAAAGGCUUUUCUAGUCUUGUUACAAGUUUUGAUUAAUAAUAAAGAGAUGCUUCUUCUGAGCUGCCAAGCGAGAUUGGUGAUGUACAUUGAAAGAGACAGCAGAAAGGCCAUGCCAGGAAAAGAGCAGCAAAGCAGCAAUGAAUACCUGUCAAAAUGCCUGGAUCUUCUCAUCUAUCACAUUGUGCAGGAGCUGCCACAAAUUCUAGGUGACAUUCUUUCUGCUUUAGCAAAUGUAUCAGGACGUAAACAUCCAUCAACAAUUCAAGCUAAGCAGCUGAAAGGGUGCCUUCCAGUGAUGCCUGUGGUACUUCAUCUUGUGACAUCCCAGGUAUUUCGUCCCCAAAUUGUAACUGAGGAGUUUCUGUGCAGCUAUGGAACUUUGCUGGGUUUUGUCAAAUUAAUAGAUUCAGGAGAAACUAACUUAGAUGGAGCAAUAGGUCAAACAGCUUCAGAAGAACUAGUUAAGACUGCUUUGUCGGUAUUUGAAGCAAUAAUGCAACAUCCAGUGUUGUUAACACUUUACCACUCAACGGUUAUGGAUCACAUCCUCCCACCCUUAGUUUCUUUGGUCUCCAGUCAAAAUGUGGAGUGGAGACUCUUCAGCUUGCGGUUGCUCUCAGAAACCACAUCACUGCUUGUGAGCCACGAGGUCAUGGCUGAAGAGAAAGAGAACCUUAACUCAAACAACAAACUUCUGUCUCUCAUUAAAGACUCAUUGCUGCCUCAGUUUCAGCAAAUUCUAAUGGCACCUGACCCAGUACCUGCUUAUGGUCUAAAGCUGUUAGUUGCCCUUACAGAGUAUAGCCCCGUUUUUACAAGCCUUGUUGAAGAAAUUCAUCUUGUUCCAACUAUUUUUCAAGUAAUUCUGGAACAUCAAGGUGCACUUCUGGGGAAUACAAUGCAAAAUGCAGUGGCAGUCUUGAAUAACCUGGUUUCCUGUAGGAAAGCAAACAUGACAUUACUUUAUGAGCAAGGUCUGGUCCAUCACAUCUGUAAUCUUCUAAUAGAAACUGCAGCCCUUUGCUUGGAUGCAGAUGAUAAAAGCAACAUCAAGACAGCAAAUACGUUGCUUCUGUCCUUGCUUGAUAUUUUGCACCAUAUGCUGAUCUACACUGCAAAUAUUGUCCGCCUAACACUACAGGCACAGAAAUCUGGCACAGGAGGGGACACUCAAACCGCUGAGGACCUUCUGCUUAUCAACAAACCCCUGACGGAUCUAAUUAGCUUGCUUAUUCCAUUGCUUCCAAGUGACGACAAUGAAAUAUAUGUGAACGCAUCACAGUGCUUGUCUUUGUUAGUGCAACUCUAUGGUGGGGCCAACGUGGAUAGUAUGGCUCCAGAAAAUAUGGACAGCUUUGCUGAAGUACUACAGUUCAAAAAGGAAGUGAAAGAUCAGAAGCUUCUGCUGAGAAUCAUUAAAAGACUGAUAACUUCAAAUGAGAAGCACUCUGAAAGCCUGAAGAAUGAUGGAGAAAUGCUUGUUCGCACACUAGAAAGAUUGGCCCAGACUGCCAGCUUCCACGCUGAUAUGGCAAUUGCUUCCUUGGCAAAUGAAAUCCUCAAGAAAAUUGAACACUAUCAAGGCUCAUUCAGCUAAGACAGUUGUUGCUUUAGAAAUUGUUUAAGUGAGAGUAAUGAGAAUUUUUAUUUACGCUAUCAUUUGUCUUUUUUCUAAAGGCUGUGAUGAGUAACUGGAAUCAGCUUCCAUGGCUCUGAAUUAUAUCUAGGUUCAACUGAAAUAUUUUAAAACCCACCUGUUUUAUGUGUGUAAUAUAAUGAGCCCCAUUAAUUGCAGAACCAUCUUUUCUCACCAAAUGCUCACAUAGACAACAGCGUUAGCUCUCCUACCUUUCUGCCGAGAGCACAAAAUAUGAGAUUGUUGAAGAGUCUUGUGUCUUUUGCUGUUCCAAAUAUAAGGGACUAUUGCAAGUGGGGGAGGAACAGGAAUAAUGCACCCCUGCAGUUGCCUAGCUCCAAACUUCGUUUUCAUUAGUCAUACUAGAGGGGCGCUAGGAGUAUUAGAAGAUGGGUACAGUUUUAAAAAAAACGGCUUACCUAGCAGCCCUUCUGCCUACACAUUUCCCCUUAGCUUCAACCGUUUAAUCAAGCCAUUUAGAAAACGAAGCAAGUUAAUGGUGUGUUGGUAAUAAAGAAAGUAGGCAGCCAACAGAUAUCCUGGCAGCAUAACAAUGUACAAUCACUACCAGUUAAGCCAAAUCCUGUAUAAUUUUAAAUUUGCAUGUGUUUCCAUUAGUAAUGUUACACAAUGAUCUUUGCUCAAACACAAGUCAAUUUAAAAGCUCUUUUCCCCCCAGGAAACUUAUGCUCAAGAUGGGAGGAACUGUGAGUGGCUUGUUACUUAUCAGAUAGGCACUGUCUACUGACCUUUUGGCACACCUACUGAAGGCCUUUUACGUAGGUAUUGUUAUCCCAGUCUCUAUAUAUGAAAUUAAUGAGAGAUGUUUCCUAAUUUGCCAACACAUAAGGAAACAUUACUCACUGGUUACAAAGUGAAUCCAAGAUGCUAUUUUUGACCUUUAAAAAUCGGAAGUUGCCUAUCUCUGUAUCCCUUGCCAUAGAUACUGUAUUAGAUGGAUGUUUUCUGGAUUUUGUAACAAACCUGGAAUAAUACUCAAAGAGGAAUAUGGCCAACUUCAAAGUGGCAAUUUCUGAAAUGUUGCUUUUUAUGAUUCUACCAAUACCUUUCUGCAUCUAUAAACCUUCUCAGUUACAUUUUAUCUGAGAUUAGAAAUGUUAAGAUCCUGUAAUGCAUCUAUAAUCCUGGACAAACUUAGUAGGAAGUAAAAACCCCUUUGAGCACGUGGUAUUUACCAAGGCACAGGAUUGCACUGCAAAUGGCAUUACAUGAAAAUAUCAAAAGAUGGAAGUUCAUACCUCCCACCCUAGCAUUUUGCAUUUCACCAAAAUUCGUUCAUAGAGAAUAACUGAAAUAACACAGCAAAGUGAAUUUAAAAGUUUACUUAAUUUUGAACCAUUUGUAUAACUGUUCUCAUGAAGCAUCUGUAUCACAGCAGGCUACAAUAACUUUGGAUAAAAGGCAACUGGUAAACUGUCCAAUACAAGGUUCCAUACAACAGUUCUUACUGGCCUCUACCCAGACAUCUCCAGAUAAGUUUUUGAUCAAAAACAUGAAAUAGAUCCACCUGCUUAUUUUAAGCAUAUUAAAAAGGAAACUAAUUGGACCAUU